CACAGGUUGACAAACCUCCCCCCCCCCCCUCUCUCUCUCUCUCGAUGGGAGCAGCCGAGGCUGAGCCUGGACCUUCGGUGCCGCCGAUGCCGGAGGAUGCUCUUUCCGACGUAGAUUACGUGCGGGAGUUGGCGCAGUUCAUCCUUCGGAAUUGCGAGCAGCAACUCCGAUCCGUCCUCCUCUCGCAGGAUCCGAUGCUCCACUUCCCUCUGGUCAUCGAAUUUGCAGAGUUGUUGGACGCGAGCCCCUCGCUGGCAUAUCUGAUCUUCGCCAACCCAGCUAAAUUCUUGCCGCUUCUUGAUGAAGCCGCUCACGGAGCCCAGGAAGUGGUGUUUGAAGCAUUCAAAGAUCGUGAGGAGAUGGUGUUGAAGGAGUUCUUGCAUGCGCGGAUUGAUGUGAGUGGUUCUCCGUUGGAGUGUCCCGAAACUUUCCCAAGAAUCGGCCGUUUAAGAGUGAAACACAGAGGCAUUCUGCUCACACUGAAAGGGACAGUGAUCAGAUCUGGGCCCAUUAAGAUGAUAGAAGGUGAAAGAGAAUAUGAAUGCAGAAAAUGCAAGCAAGUAUUUAAAGUUUAUCCUGAGCUGGAGACUGGAAAUGCAAUUAGACUCCCCAUGUCUUGCCCUUCUAAGGGGCUAAAAUCCUGUGGGGGGACCCAUUUCCGAUUUGUGGAAGGCAGCAUAGUGUGCCAUGACUAUCAAGAAAUUAAGAUACAAGAAAAUGUGCAUGUUGUAGGUGUUGGAUCAAUACCUCGUUCCAUUCCUGCGAUUCUCAAAGAUGAUCUAGUGGAUAUGGUCAAAGCUGGAGAUGAUGUAGUUGUUACAGGAAUUUUAACAGCAAAAUGGUCUCCAGAUGUGAGAGAUGUUCGUUGUGAUCUUGAUCCUAUUAUGGUUGCUAACUAUAUAAGGAGAACAAAUGAAUUCAAAUCAGACAUUGAGAUACCAGAAGAUGCAAUUGAAACAUUCAACCAAUUCUGGGCCCAAUUCCAGGAUAACCCAUUAAAAGGCAAGAAUGCUAUAUUGCAUGGAAUUUGCCCACAAAUUUUUGGUCUUUUCACUGUGAAGCUUGCAGUUGCAUUGACAUUGGUUGGAGGUGUGCAACAUGUUGAUGCUUCUGGUACCAAAGUUCGUGGAGAAUCACACCUUCUAUUAGUUGGUGAUCCUGGUACUGGCAAGUCUCAGUUUUUGAAGUUUGCUGCUAAACUAUGCACUAGGUCUGUGAUAACUACUGGACUGGGAAGCACAAGUGCCGGAUUAACAGUUACUGCUGUGAAGGAAGGAGGUGAAUGGAUGUUGGAGGCUGGAGCUCUUGUUCUUGCAGAUGGUGGCCUUUGUUGUAUUGAUGAAUUUGAUAGCAUGAGGGGACAUGACAGAGCAACCAUACAUGAAGCCAUGGAGCAACAGACCAUAAGUAUUGCGAAGGCUGGUCUUGUGACGACUUUGAGUACAAAGACAACCGUGUUUGGUGCAACAAAUCCAAAGGGACAGUAUGAUCCUAGUCAAUCUUUGUCUGUAAACACCACACUCUCUGGACCAUUAUUGAGCAGAUUUGAUAUUGUGCUGGUACUCUUGGACACAAAAAACCCACAAUGGGAUGCAGUAGUUUCAGAGCAUAUUUUAUCUGAGCAGCAUAGGGGAUCAGAGAAAACCAAGGACACUGAGGAUUUAGCUUGUGUAUGGCCAUUGCCUUUGCUUAGAAGGUACAUACAGUACGUUAAAAGAAACUUCCAGCCCAUACUUACAAAGGAAGCAGAAAGAGUUCUUUCAAGUUAUUACCAACUCCAGAGAAGAUCAGCUUUGCAGAAUGCAGCAAGAACCACAAUACGCAUGCUUGAGAGUUUGAUAAGAUUGGCUCAAGCACAUGCAAGGCUCAUGUUCCGCAAUGAAGUUACUCGGCUUGAUGCUAUUUCUGCCAUCAUAUGCAUGGAGUCAUCCAUGACAGCCUCCGCAAUUCUUGAUGAUGCUGGGAAUGCUUUACAUUCAAGCUUCUCUGACAACCCUGAUCAAGAAUAUGCAAAGCAGGAAAAGCUGAUACUUGAGAUGCUUAAAUCCGUUGAUCAUGCCUCAUAAACUUGAAUAGCAUUGGAUUGGAUGAAAUAUUCGAGUUUGCCAGUCGCUGACCAAAGGAAGUUCGAGGCUUGUCACCGGUUUCUCCUGACCCAAGUUAGUGAUUGUGGCCACUGGCAGUUACCUAAGUACCCUCUCACCCGGACAGCUCAGGUAUGCACCACUUGGGAGACUGACUGGAAGAAACAUUUGCCGGAUGUGAGCUGUGGAUCAUGAAAAUGGGUGGAUGGCCUUUCAAUGCCAGUCAACCUGCACAUCUUUGAAAGAAGCCUCGUCACAAUUGUUGUUGCACUGUUCAUCACUCAUCAGUCAUAGUGCAGCUUUGGAAGGGAUGAUCGGAUUCCUUUUGACUGUGAGAAAACCCUGGUUUUCUGACACCAAAGAUCUCACAUUCACAGCCCGUGUGACCUGGCAUCACUGUCUGAUGAGCCAGAGGCCUAGAGUUAUAAACCCUAGGCAAUUUUAUGUAGCCCCCAAUGCGCCAAUGGCUUAUGGGGUCAUGCUAGUAAACGUCCUCUUGUGGCUGACGUUCAUUUAAGCAUAAUGGCUUAUAGUUUCUGUUGACUAUCCAUUUGUAAGUGCAAGGUAAUACUAGUUGGCCGAACGACGCCUUGAUA